AUAAAAAAAAAUACUUACAGUUGUAUAGCCUAUAUAUACUCCUCAGAAUCUCAACAACAAACAUAAAAGAUUAACAUCAUUUUUCUCCUUGAUCAAAACUUGAUCCAAAUACAUUAUUUUGGUUUCGAGUGAAAGUAUUUAUUUAUUAUACAUGGAAUCCUUAAAUUUCCACAACAUCAAAUUGGAGAAAGCAAAUGGUAAAAAGCGUCAAAGAGUGACAAUGUUGUUUCGACUCAUCGAAUUCUUCAUAUUUUUCGCCAUAAUAUCAAGAUUUUCCAUUCAAUUGGCACUCUCGACAGAUUAUGUUGGUGUCACCCUCAUUAGUCCUCGAUUCGUCUUUGUUCUUGUAAACACAAUUGUAAUCAUCCUCUUCUACAAAUCAGGACAUUCAUCUGCUAUAGAUGGUUCCACGUUAUAUGAUGAGUACACACAAAAAUAUUGGAUGAACAAUGAACAGAGCAAAAAACAGAGCAUUUCUGUUGAAGAGGUUAAUUGUGAACAGAGCAAUGUGGCAGAAAGGCGAUUAGAGAAGAGAAUCCAUCGUAGUCAUUCGGGAAACUCUUUAUGUUUGGCUCGUGAUGAGAAAAAAAGUAGAAAAAGAAUGAACAGGUCAGCUACAGUUGGAUGCUUGAAAAAUAUAGAUACUGAGAGUGUAAAACCAGCGAUGACGACAACCUCGGAUGGGCUGAGCAGUGUUGAAUUCAGGAAAACUGUUGAGGCGUUUAUUGCAAGACAUCAAAGAUUAUUGAAGGAAGAAGAGUUUUCAGUUUUCAACAUAAGAGAUACAUAAAUUACAAGUCAUAUCAUGGAAGAAACAACAGAGUUUUAACUAGCACAUUAUGUGAUCAGAUUUUGAGAUAACAAAUGUAAGUGUAUGGACAAAGAUCCAGCAUUCACAAUAUAUUAACAAGUACCAAUAAAUGGUCACUUUGGACGAUCAUAGGUUCCAUGUCUCUCGCUUGCACCACCUUCCAGUAUACACAUACAAGACUUGUACAAAUUGAGUGACAACCUUGAGGAACUUUUUGCGACCUUUUAACCACUAGGCCAAACAAAUUAAAAUUGAACUUUUAUAUACAAUGUAAUUUUCUGACGAAAGGAUAUCGCUUGACACCCCUUGUCCGGAUAGUAUUUGGGUAUCAAUGGCACUGAUUAAAUUAUGAGAAUCUUCCAUUCAGACAGAAGUGAGCCUGAAAUGUGUGGUAAUGGAAAUCGAUGCCUUGCCAAAUUUGUAUCUGAUCUUGAUCACUUCCAUGGAAGGAAAAAGAAAAGUUUCACCA